AGAAUAGAGAGAGAGGGGAAAAAGGAAUAGAGAACAAGAAUAGCAGAAAAGAGAAUAGAGGAACAGAGGAAUAAAAUACAAAGAGAAUAAAAGAGUGGAAAGAAAGAAGAGAGAAUCAAGGAAUAAAUAGAGAGAAAAUGAGUAAAGGAAUACAGAAAGAGCGAGAGUAAAGGAAUAGAGAGAGUGAAUGAAGGAAUAAAGAGAGAAAAUAGGGGAGUAAAUGAAUACAGAGAGAGAAAUGAAAGGAAAAUAGAAUGAGGGAGUAAAGGAAUAGAGAGAGAUGCAGCUGCCACUCUGCCUUCUGCUUAUGCAGCGCUACUGUGUGUGUGAGACAUGCUUAGGGGUGUGUGUGAGCGUGUCAGCAGCAACCACUAGAGUGUGUGUGAGAGAGUGUGUGUGACGAAAGCAGUGGCAUCAGGAAAGGAGGAAUCAGAGCGAUCAGCAGUGCCAGUGGAUACACUGCAGCCAGCACGCUGACGACACACACGCGCGCAUAUUGGAGAAGGCGUGUGCGUGUGUGUGUGGACGAGCAAGCAGAUGUGGGUGAAGCUGAAGCGAGGUGUGGAUCUUUCUAGAGCUGAGUGGUGAGGGGAGGGGGAAGAAGCUGUUUCUGUAGCCCAGCCAGAGGCUCUGUAGGUGGGUUAUAAUCAGGCCCACACCUGCCUCCUCUGGAGAGGUGGAGAGAAGCAGAGGAAGCUGUUUUUUUUCCCUCCCUGUUCCAGCACGCGGGGACACCAAAGAUGGGCAUCUUCCUCCUUCCAGUCAUCCUCCUCUUCCUCACGACUGUGUGCGAUGCCUCUGGGCUGCAUAGUCAUCACCAGGCUUGCCUUUCGGCCGCAUGUGUGAGCACAAGUGUGUGUGUGGAGAAGGAUCACACCGUAUGGUGCUGAGGACAGCACACACUCACAUACACCCUCAUAAACGGACUCCUAGCAGUUCGGUUGCCUUGGGAAUCGAACCACAGACACAGUGAUCCCUUUCUCAGUGUGCCGUGCUAAAGAAUGGACGGCAGUGAGGAUGAUUGUGUGCGUUUUCUGCAGUAUGUUGAGGAUAGUGGUUUAAGAGCCUACGACGAACUUGUGAUCCAGAACGCCUCGGACAUCGCCCGUGAGAGUGACCGUAUCCGCAACCACACACAUUGGGCAUACCUACAGGAGCAGAGCCAGAAGAAGAGGCGUCAGGACGAGGCCAUCAAGAGGAUGGGUGAAGACGUGGCGAGUGUGGCUGAUGGUGGGGCGUAUGCGGGUAAACACUUCCGUAUGGGUUUUAUGACUAUGCCAGCGCCACAGGACCGCCUGCCACCGCCCAGCGGUCCAGGCUUCACUGUGCGCUCCCAGUCACUGCACUCAGUGGGAGGGGGCGAGGAAGAUGGGGGCGGUAGUCCCACCCUGCGCAAACAGCCUCCACCCAAACCCAAACGAGACCCCAACACCAAACUAAGUACUUCCUCCGAGACCGUCAACACCACGCUUACCACGGGGAAGGGAGGGAAAGAGUCAGACAAGAGCGAUGCAUCCAAGAGUCGCCCAUGCAGUGAGGAGUAUCGCCGCAUGCCUCCGCCCAAACCCAAGCGUAACCCCAACACUCAGCUCAGCACCUCCUUUGACGAAUCCUACAUCAGAAACCACGGCACCAAGUUCAAAUCUGCCUCUUUGCCCCGGCGGCAGAAAAAGAAGUCGGCAUCCCAAAAUCAAAGCCCCGCCCCGGACACUGAUGAGGAGGCGGAGCCUGUAUACAUAGAGAUGGUGGGGAACAUUCUUCGUGACUUCAGCCAUAUCACUGGAGGCAAUGCUGAUGAAGAGGACGAUCAGGGUGAGAGUGUGUAUGAGGAGAUGAAAUAUCCCACUUACGAAGAAGUAACCCUGCCUCCUGAGCAUGCCCAGUCACGCUGGGAUCCAUGCACCACACCUGCAGUUCCAGAUGUGGAACUCACUCGGCCGACAACCCCCCGUGGCUCACUUUGUGACAUCCCUGCCCCCUUUCCUAACUUGUUGACUCACAGGCCCCCACUGUUGGUAUUCCCUCCAGCCCCGGCUCAGUGUUCCCCAAAUUCAGAUGAAUCCCCCCUCACUCCACUUGAGGUCACCAAACUUCCCAUGCUAGAAAAUGUUGGCUACGGCAAACCUGGUGCCUCUCCGACAACCAGUGACCCUGGGCAGCCCUUGCCACCACAGCAACCUUCGGGGCAACACCACCACCAUCACCAUCACAAGAAAUCAUCGGACAAAGAACCUUCAUCCACCCAAACGAUCACGGCAUCUGGUCGUUCCUCUGCCCCGCCGCUUCCAUCAGCCUUGUACAAAAGUGGUGGCUCCUCUGCAGCUCAUGGUUACCCCAGAAGCCACUCUGCCUGCCCGUCUCCUGUCAGCAUGGGACGUGCGCUGACCCCUCUCAGCCUAAAACGGCCACCGCCAUACGAUGCUCUGCUGACUGGCACCAUUCCCCGCAGUGCCUCCGGAGUCCCUCAUGGAUCCCGUGAGAGCGGACGCCUCUCAAACUCCUCCAGCAUCCAUGGUGGAUCCAUGCAAAAUGUUUCCACUGCAUCAGGAGGAUCAGGGGGGUCCAGUUCAGGGUCAGGAGGCCGUGGAUGCCGUACACCAACCAGUCCUCUGGAUGAACUCAGCAACUUGUUUACCUCUGGAAAGAACAUGCUGAGAAAAGGCUCUGGGGGACGCAAGAGCAAGGAGCUCUGUGAAAUUGAGGGGAAAGCCAGGAGCCACAGUACUGACAGUAAGGAUCGAGCUUUACGCAGCUCAUCUCCAAAAGCGCAAGAUUGGGACACACCCUCAGGACAAUCUGCCACGCCCACUCGUCUGGGCCGCUCUUCUGUCAGUCCAACCACCAUGCUGGGGGGUGGAGCUUCAGAACCAAAAGCUGCCUGUAAGCUCGGUCGCUCUGCCUCAACAUCAGGAGUCCCCUCACCUGUUGGAACCCCCCAGAGGCAUGCCCCUGAACCCUCAGCCAAUCAGAGUGGGACCCCAUUCCAGAUGCCCCCGUUUCCAUGGGCAUGUGGGGACCACACCAUGAUGGAGAUGAUCGAGAAGAAACGGCAUCUGUGUAAAGAGAUUAAAGCACGGCAGAAACCUCCGGACAAGGCCCUCUGCAAGCAGGACAGCAUGCCCAUCCUGCCCAGCUGGAAGAAGACCAAUGGGGGCAAGAAAUACGGCCCUCCGCCCUACUCCACCCAGACCACUGUCUUCUGGGACACGGCCAUCUAACCGAAGGAGUGUGUGCCCCAGUCCAACGAAGAAUGGGAACAUACAGGGUGAGAGGGUGUGGCAAAAUGAUAGCUGACCACCAAUAGUAAUGAAGGGAAAGGAAGUGAACUUCUGUAGCAAAUCAAAUUAAAUCUGAGGGAUCCAAUCUCCUUGGUUUCUUAUCACUGUUUAUAUUUAAUAUUUUUAUAUUGGAAAUUGUCUUAAUAUUAAAAUAUGCUUAGAGUAAUUAGAGAUUUUAUAUAGGAGAACUCUCUUAAAUGAGUCGACAUCUCAGAAUGGAAAAUUGUAGACGUUUAGCCAUGAGAUGAUAUCCGUUGUUUCAAAGAUAGUAUUUCUUUUUAUUUAAUUUCUUUUUUCUUUACUUUUCUUUUUUUGUUUGUUUUAUAUGUUGC